GAAUAAAUACGAUAUCCAGUACUGUAUCGCAAUGUACAUGAAGUGCUCAGCUUUACGUGCAUUACGGCAAUAUCGCUAGCAUCACUUAAGCUUAAAGCAACCAUAAAAGUAAUAAUGGCUCCUUCACCGGUGGGUAUUGAGAUAAGCAAGGGGAAAAGGAAAUGGAAGGUGGGAGAGAUUCUUGGCCACGGGGCCUGUGCAACCGUCUGUUCCCUCGGCAAGAUUGAAAAUGGCACUUGCACGGAAACAAAUUUUGCCGUGAAACUUGCCCCUCUGCCUGUAAAAAAGACGAAGAAGGGAAACUCCCCGCAAGAGAUGAAUGCAAAGCUAUUGUACUACGAGCAAAUGAUUUACACCACUCAAUUUCGAGGUCUACAGGGCAAACUUAUUCCCAACGUGCCGAAUCUGUCAAAUUCGAGAGAUCCCCCAAUCUAUGGAGACGAAAGUGGUAAGUUUCACGUUCUGAACCAUUGCUUUCUGCGCAAGUCUCUAUUUGCAUCUCAAAUUUCCAAUUCGUGUGGCAUUACGCCAUGAUACAGGAUAUAGAUUCUUUACUCUGGAGAGGAUGGACACAACCAUUUCUGCCGUUGUUCCAUCUCUACUUAUGAGCAAAUCAUCUUCGAAAACUAUCAACGUUGGUCCACUUGCAGUGAAAAUGUUGGAGUGCAUCAAGGCCGUUCACGAAACAAAAAAUGUGAUCAGAGAUGUGAAAACCGAAAACUUUAUGCUCACUCUCGAUAAAGGAGCAACCGGUUCAACCCCUGAAGAGAAGUUAGCAUCUCGUAUUCGACUUAUCGAUUUGGCCAUCGCUACUCAGUGGACAACAAUGUACUGUGAGACAGACGAGGGCGGCGAUUUAAUUGGAACUCCUCUUUAUUCAUCUCUUAACGUUCACUCUGGAAAGAAAACAAGUUUCAGGGAUGAUCUGGAGUCUCUAGGAUAUGUAAUCGCCGAAAUUUUGAUGCAACUGUAUUCUGGGGAUCAAUCAAAGCAGUUGCCCUGGAGUAGUGGAAAAUCGGAUGAGGACAUUGGCUCUAUGAAGCAGUCGCUGGUUGGUGACAAAGAAUCAGAAUUUUAUCGUCAGCUCGGGAAUACGAAAACAACCGAAGUAUUUUUGGAAUAUGUAAGUGUUGUUCGUGGUUACAGUUUUAAGAAACUACCUGACUACGAUGACCUAUCCAGAAUUCUAUCCAAGUUGACAGUUCCAAGAAAAGCAAUGAAUAGCACAACGAAAAAAACGGCAGCAACGAAGCGCACACGAAACAAUAAGUCGCCCACAAACGAGGACUACGUCUCGCCCCCGAAAAUUGCUCGUCGCAGCAACCGGAGAAAAGCUGCAAGCAUGAUAAUUGAAGACGAGGAGGGGUGUCCUAAAAAUGAGAUUGACGAUGAAACUGUUUACGCUGAUGCACACCAAGAACUUCACGAUAUGGACUGGGAACAUUGUGUCGAUGAGAAUGAGUAUCCAGUUGAAGACUCCAAACCCCGAACACGGAGUCGAGCCGGACGUGAUCCAGCUCCUCGACGUGAGCGAACCACUAAAUCAAGCAAAGCUGCAACAAAGAACGUGAUCGACAAUGAUGGCAAAGGAAGAGAAAGAAUGCCUCCACGUGAACUGAAGCGCCGAGGUGUGCGCAUUGUGUGUACUGAGGGCCCUCACAAAGGCUAUAUUUACGAAAUGGAAGCUGGGGUGAACGAAAUCAUUACCAUUGGAUCAAAACCGACAUCUAAAGUCGGAGAACUCUGUUCCCUGAAAAAUGACAAGAAUCUAAAAGGGACUCAUGUUAGACUCGAUCUCGAUAUGAAUCGUAGAUUGAUUGCGGUGAAAGUCACGGAUAAGUCGAAUGGGAAGACUUACGUGAAUCGCGAUGCGGUGAAGAGCACGAAAGCAUUCAUCAACGACGUCAUUACGAUUGGCGAAACAUCCUUGGCAAUUAAGGCUCUAUAGACCUGUUCUCUGCCUAGUGUUGUUUUUGGCACAGAAGAUCACUUAUCGAAAUGAAGAAAUAUGUUGUUCCUGGAGGUGAAACAGACUUAUCUUUCACUGACAUUGUGUUUGUCGGAAGGAAUAAUGUCAAAAGGUGUUUUGCGCCCGUACAUGAACACAUUGGGGGACUGUUGAGAUAUAUGAACAGCUUUAAAAUCACCAACGAGAUUUCCUCUGAAUACUAUUGUAAGCUUCUCGGAUUAACCAAACGCCAUUAU